CUCUGCAAGUAGCAGCCACUGCGCAGCCUAUCAAGUCCCACUGAGAGCUGAUCGGUGCCAGGGAGGGGGUAGGUAGGAAGGCCGUGUCACUGGGACUUCACCAGGUCCCAGGAGCCGGCAGUCCUGGAUUGGAAUCCCAGUUUGGUCCUUCACUACGAGCGGGUCCUCGGGCAAGUCACGUUAUCGACUCUGAGCCUCGGUUUUCCCACCGGUAAAAGGGGCACGACACUCCCUGGUUCUCCGGGUGUUGUGAGCUGCAGCGCCACCGCGGGCAUCGCCCCGGGCACAGCGCCAGGAGCGCGCCGCAGAUGGCAACCGAUGGGCUGCACGAGAACCAGACGCUGGCGUCGCUGAAGAGCGAGGCCGAGAGCCUCAAGGGCAAACUGGAGGAGGAGCGGGCCAAGCUGCACGACGUGGAGCUACACCAGGUUGCGGAGCGGGUGGAGGCCCUGGGGCAGUUUGUCAUGAAGACCAGAAGGACCCUCAAAGGCCAUGGGAACAAAGUUCUCUGCAUGGACUGGUGCAAAGAUAAGAGAAGGAUCGUGAGCUCAUCCCAGGAUGGGAAGGUGAUCGUGUGGGAUUCCUUCACUACUAACAAGGAGCACGCGGUCACUAUGCCCUGCACGUGGGUGAUGGCUUGUGCGUAUGCCCCAUCAGGAUGCGCCAUUGCAUGCGGUGGUUUGGAUAAUAAGUGUUCUGUGUAUCCACUGACAUUUGACAAAAAUGAAAACAUGGCUGCCAAAAAGAAGUCAGUCGCUAUGCAUACCAACUACCUGUCUGCCUGCAGCUUCACCAACUCAGACAUGCAAAUCCUGACGGCGAGUGGCGAUGGCACAUGUGCCCUGUGGGACGUGGAGAGCGGACAGCUGCUGCAGAGUUUCCAUGGGCACGGGGCCGAUGUGCUCUGCUUGGACCUGGCCCCCUCAGAAACAGGCAACACCUUCGUGUCUGGGGGAUGUGACAAGAAAGCCAUGGUGUGGGACAUGCGCUCUGGCCAGUGCGUGCAGGCCUUUGAAACACACGAAUCCGACAUCAACAGUGUCCGAUACUACCCAAGUGGAGAUGCCUUUGCUUCAGGAUCAGAUGAUGCUACGUGUCGCCUCUACGACCUCCGGGCAGACAGGGAGGUCGCCAUCUAUUCCAAAGAGAGUAUCAUAUUUGGAGCAUCCAGUGUGGACUUCUCCCUCAGUGGUCGCCUGCUGUUUGCUGGAUACAAUGAUUAUACCAUCAAUGUCUGGGAUGUUCUCAAGGGGUCCAGAGUCUCCAUCCUGUUUGGACAUGAAAACCGCGUUAGCACUCUACGAGUUUCCCCCGACGGGACUGCGUUCUGCUCAGGGUCAUGGGAUCAUACCCUAAGAGUCUGGGCUUAAUCGUCUCUUCACAAUGCACACCUGAGAGUAGAAUUUGAAAUCAUCAUAUGUAAACAGAUCUUUCUUCUAGAGGAUCUGAGGGCUACUGCAACUUAGCUUAAAGGAGCAACUCUAUGGCUGAAGUUCACUCAGCGUCCCCAUUAUUACCAUUAAAACUACCACCCUUGGAAAGAUACUGGUGUGAGCCUCCAGCACUAGGACACCUUCAAGUACAGUGUCUUGCAUUUUGAACACUUUUUAAAAUUUAUCCAUUUUUAAGGUUAUUCUAGUUAUAUAGUCUCAUCUCAUUCUAUUACCAACAGGAUUCAGCAUUUAACAUAUCCUGUAGUACUUCCUUAAAUGAAAUUUGUUUUCAGAGCACUUUAAAAUCUGAUUCCUCUCAGUGUGCACUGUCUUUGGAACCUUCCUCUAGAAGUGCUGAUCUUAAUGCACUACAUGAGGCAGACUGUACUGACUAGUCUGUGAUAGAAGAUUCCAAUUCCAAAUGUAAUUGGAAAAUAAUCACUUUUUUUAAGUUUAUUUAUUUAUUUUGAGAGAGAGUAUAUGUGCAUGCGUGGGGGAAAGGCAGAGAGAGAGGGAGAGAGAGAGAAUCCCAAGCAGACUCUGUGCUGUCAGCACAGACCCCAAUGCAGGGCUCGAUCUCAUGAACCUGUGAGAUCGUGACCUGAGCCGAAAUCAAGAGUUGGAUGCUUAACCUACUGAGCUACCCAGGUGCCCCUGGACAUAAUCACUUUUUAAAAAUUUUUUUAUUGCAAAAAUUUCUUUUUCAGUCUGGUAGUGUCUUUUUCAGAUCAAACAUUUCCAUCUCUGUGAACAGUUCUAAAUGAAGGAGAGAUAGGCAUUGAGUGGACAGGAUGUUUGAUUUAUGAAUUCUGUGAUGAUGCAAUCACUUGGACAGGAUAUUUCCUGUCAUUGAAGAGUAAAGCUGAAUGCUGUUUGUGACACAAAUGCUUCUCAGAGCAACCAGAACCUUUCUGUGCAGGAACACAAGACCACAAACUUAUUUAAAAACCUGUUAGUAAUAGUAGAUGUUCUAGAAUUAAUAGCAUCCACUCAGGCUAAAGUAGAUCAUAUCCAUAUAAAGUAUAUUCAUAUUUAUUGCAUUGAAAAAGUAAUUACAUAUGCAAAUUAACUGAUAGCUCUUGAGUAAUAAUGUCUUUGCUGCUCUUAUAUUGAGAAAAAAGAACACAAAAAAAUACCUUGUCUUUAUUUGAAA